AUGAAGAAGAUUGUCUGCCUUUUUGUCGGCGGCGUUUUUGCGGUUUCUGCGCAGAUCACCCCACUGCCAAAGUCCGAAAUCACCCCGCUUCCUGUCGAUAAAACUGACCCCGCUCUCAAAGGUUGCUUCAUUACUUGUAUCUCAUCUUCUCGAAUGAAACUCGUUUCUCCGGCGGACUUUUUUCAGGAAAACAUGUCCAUUAGAAACUUUCGAAUGGUCCUUUAGGGUCACAACUUUUCAGCCAAAAUUGGCCACAUUAUAACACUACGCUCUAGGGCGUGGGUUUUUCAAAACUUUUGGACUGCAAAAUGAAAGCGAAACUUGGCUCAAAAGUGUUUUGCUAUCGUGAAAUCAGAUUCCAUUUGAAAAUGUCUUUUUUUUCAUAAAUUAAAGAGUUCCGUCGGAUCGACUCUAACAAAGAUGACUCGCUGACAUUCACAGAGUUCCUACUGGCCGACCGAUCUUUCAUCGAGUUACAGUCUCGCAGGUUUCACGCGCUCGAUGCAAAUGGUAUGAAUUCGUUAUUGAAACAGACCUAUUAGAAAUUUUUUUUGUGGAAAGAGGACAAUUAAAGUAGACAUCUUGUUGCAGCUGAUAGUGUGAUUUCGCGCAAAGAGUACGAAGAUUACCACAAGAAAUCUGAGAAACGCCAGUCGCAUUCAGACUUUUUCAACCGUUUCGUAAGAUUCUCUCGCCUUUUUUACUGUUCAGAAUACUGUUCAGAACCGUCGAGAUCUGUUCGAUGCUCCUUUUUUUGGCAACGAUUUCUCGUCUCGGCAGCUGUCAGCGGAGCCUUUGGAUUUAGAUGGUUCCAGAGAGGAGGUUUCCUUGGUUUUGCGGCCACAACCCAAGAUUUUCCACCGUUUUUUCUUUGCCUGAUUUUUUUUUUGUGUUUUGAAACCCUAAUAAGAGAAUAAACAAGCUGAACGUAUCGUUUUUCAGUUGCAAGAGAAACAACUAGAGAAUGCGGCAGCUGUCCUUGCAACAUCAACGCCUAAGGCGGUCAUUGGAACGACCAGAUAA